AUGCAGUUCAAGCUUCUUGCUGUCGCCCUCGCCGCGGCCCUCCCCAUGGUCAGCGCAUACCCCAUCACCGGCAACGAUGUCAACUGCCGCUCCGGCCCUUCCACCAGCGACAAGGUCGUCCGAACCUACAAGAAGGGUGAGGACGUCAAGCUCAGCUGCCAGACCACCGGCGAGUCCGUCUCCGGCAACAACAUCUGGGACAAGACCCAGCACGGCUGCUACGUCUCCGACUACUAUGUCAAGACCGGCUCCAGCAGCAUGGUCACCGGCCCAUGCAGCGGUGGUGGCGGUGGCAGCGGCGGCUCCUCCUACCAGGGCAAGAUCACUCGCAAGGAGAUCAUGGCCCGUGGCAUGUUCUGGGUGAACAAGCACGUUCCUUACUCCAUGCGCAAGACUACUUCCGAUCCUCAGGGCCGCAAGUACCGCACUGACUGCUCUGGUUUCGUCUCCAUGGCCCUGCAUGCCGCUUCUCCCGGCUACAGCACCGUCACCCUCGGCCAGAUCGGCAAGGCCAUCUCUUACAACGACAUCAAGGCUGGUGAUAUGAUUGGAACUCUUGCCUCUGGCACUGGUGGCGCUGCUGGCCACGUUGUUCUCUUCCACUCCUGGACUGAUGCCUCCAAGAAGAAGUACAACACACUCGAGUGCAAGGGAACUGACGGCUGUGUUAAGUGGACUCGCUCUGUUGGCUGGAAGGUCGGCUCUGUUGUCGCCAAGCCUUACCGAUACAAGAACGUUGUUGACUAA